AGAAUAGUAAUAUCAUAAUUCAGUUCUAAGUCAAGAGACAACAUGGUUGCAUUUAGAAUUUUAUUGUUAAUAGUAUUCUUCCUUUCGCAGGUAUGCAAAAGUGAUCCUUUGCCCAAACCUCUUGAUGAAAUAAAUGUUCAUUUUCAUCUUGAUGAUGAGAGUUCUGAGUCGGCUGAAGACAUAGGUAAAUCAGCCCCAGCCAAAGAAGCAAAUAGAGGUCUGGAAGGAAAAACCUUAUCUUAUGAAUAUCGUGAAUAUGAAUCCCCAGAAGACAAUGGUCUGAAAGGAAAAACCUUAUCUUAUGAAUAUCGUGAAUAUGAAUCCCCAGAAGACAAUGAUCUGGAAGGGAAAACGUUCUCCUAUAGAGUUAGCAGUAAAGAAUAUGUUUAUAAACCUCAUCCAAAAACUUUAGAGCCUGCUUAUUGGAAUUAUGGUUAGCAAGGAAUAAUAAAUAAUCUAUUUCAAUAAAUUCAUGACAAAAAUAA